AUGUCGUCGAGUUUGUUAAAGUCAGAACAGGACGUGAGAAAAUGGAUAAUCACGUUGAAGCUGUCGUACGGGGAGGUAUGUGAAAAGUUUGGAAUCGACAUUAACAACGAUCGUCGUAACGCCUUCUUCUGGAACAUGAUGCUUGAUAAAAAAAUUAUCAUCAACGAAGAGUUGUUGUCUUGGUGCGGUUAUUAUGAGACGAGUCAAGACGAUUCUAGGUCAGAUGACGUCACCCAACAAAGACAAGUCUCGACGCGUUACGAGUUUACAACGAUCACGUUGAAUCGACGUGAUCUU